CUGGAGAGUACUCAGCAUAGUGCACACAGUGCUGAAUGAAAGGAGUCCAGCAGGGAGAGGGAGCUGCAGCAGGAUCUGGGACUUCUAUAAAGAGGAUUCCGCUUUUUAAAAUUAACAUCUGUUGGGAAUACGUCACUAUACGACCAAAUCGUCCAUGUAAGCAGAAUAGAAAUGCCGACUCCUUGGUGAGGGUCAGAAAAUGGACGCCUCUUCCUGCUGUGAUCCUGCACGCCCUAUGUAUCAGCACAGCUCAGGGUUUGACCUCAAUGCCAGCUGUGACUUGCUGACUCCUCGCUGUAACUGGACGUUGGUGGACAGCGCGCUGCAGCUGCCCACCUUUUCUACGGCAGCCAAAGUCAGAGUGAUCGUUACCUUCAUCCUGUGUGGCAUUUCCACUUGCUGCAAUUUGGCUGUGCUGUGGGCAGCCAACAACCACAAGCGGAAAUCCCAUGUCCGAGUGCUGAUAAUCAACCUGACUGCGGCCGAUCUCCUGGUUACCUUCAUUGUGAUGCCCGUUGACGCAGUUUGGAACAUCACUGUCCAGUGGCUGGCCGGUGACCUGGCCUGCAGAUUACUGAUGUUCCUCAAGCUGCAAGCCAUGUAUUCUUGUGCCUUUGUCACAGUGGUGAUAAGUCUUGACAGACAGUCGGCCAUACUCAACCCUCUGGCCAUCAGCAUGGCCCGGAGAAGGAACAGGGUCAUGCUGACGGUGGCGUGGGCUAUGAGCGCCUUGUUCUCAAUCCCCCAGAUGUUUAUUUUCCAUAAUGUGACCAUCACGUAUCCAGCCAACUUUACUCAGUGCACCACUAGGGGGAGCUUUGUCACACACUGGCAGGAAACAUCCUACAACAUGUUCACCUUCUCCUGCCUCUUCCUGCUGCCGCUGGUCCUAAUGAUUAUCUGCUACACCAGGAUCUUCAUCCAGAUCUCUAAACGGAUGUCAAAAAAGAACUUUUCCCCAAACGAGCUAGAUCUCCGUUGCUCAAAGAACAACAUCCCCAGAGCUAGAAUGAGAACUCUGAAAAUGAGCAUUGUCAUAGUUAUCAGCUUCAUAGUAUGCUGGACUCCAUACUACCUAUUGGGUUUAUGGUACUGGUUCUUCCCAGACGACCUUGAGGGAAAAGUAUCGCACUCCCUCACCCACAUCCUGUUCAUCUUUGGGCUUUUCAACACCUGCCUGGACCCCAUCAUCUACGGCCUUUUCACCAUACGCUUCCGCAAGGGGCUGAGAAGCUGCUACCGCAAAGGCACAGUGAUGUCAGAUCAGGAAAAUAGCGCAGUGAUAUUGAAAUGUACUGAUCCUGUUUUGCCCAAUAGAAGAGGGAUGCCCCCUGUUGACACCGUCUGCAACCGUGAACAGACUGAGUCAAAGUGACAUCACCCUUUGGUUUGUAGAUUAUCGUUUUUAAGCUGUGAGUUUGACCUUGAGCAAUCGCCAUAUUGUAUUUGAGAACCAGAAGGGACCGUAUACGGACAAGAUGGUGUUAAUCGGCUUCUACGUGUUUAACAGGUCGCAGAGGAAAUAACUUGGGCAGUCACGCCCUAAAGCAUAUCCUGCUUCAUCGCCUAUUUUAAUUAAUCAACCUCAUGCUGUAAUGAAGGAGAAUUUAAACUAGUAAUUAGGACUGUAAACUCAUUAGAAACAUGUCUACCGAGGAGAUAAAUCAAGUGAGAA